GGGCGAUAUAAGGUUCCCGUGGCGGUAGUUUCUGCACCAACAGAGGAAGUUAAGCAGCAUCGUAAACAUGGCUGACAGUGGAGUGACAGAUGGUCUUUGCGAUACAGAUGACAUCGAACGAUCAAAGACUGAAGGCAAAGAGCUGACCAAAGAGGAGAAGCAGCGGCUGAGGAAAGAGAAGAAACAUCAGAAGAAAAUCAAAGAGAAAAAAGACGACGCGGCUUCACAUGAAGAUGAAAAGAAGAAGAAGAAGAAGAAAGAAGAGAAGCCUGUCGGUGCAGCUUCCCAGCCUCCAACACAGCCCUCACAGAAAGUAGCGCCCGCUCCUGCACCGGUUCCUGUGCCUGCCUCAGAAACUCCUGCCCUUGCAGAUAAGCCAGCUAAGAGUAAAGCGGACUUGAAAGCAGAGAGGAGAGCUCGGCAAGAGUCCGAGAGGGCCUCAAAACAGGGCAAGAAGGGGGACGUGGGGCAGCCGGUCCCCACGAGCAAACCCAAAGCACCGCCUAGUGAGCUGCAGCCAGUGGUGAAGAGGCUCCCAGAACAUGUCCAAGUGGACAACCCAGACGUUUUAAAGAAACUGGCAAAGAAGUUGGAACGACAACAGAUCCCACUCCGGUCGGACUACGGCUACAAAGUCAGCCUGUUUUCUCAUCUCCACCAGUACAGUCGGAAAGCCCCUCUAACACAGCAACUAGGCAUUCCCUCCACAGUCAUCCAUCCUGCCAUCGUUCGCCUGGGUCUCCAGUACUCGCAGGGCAUUGUGGCUGGAUCCAACGCUCGCUCUGUCGCCCUGCUGCAUGCCUUCAAACAGGUAAUAAGAGACUAUACGACGCCUCCAAACGAGGAGCUAUCGAGAGACUUGGUCAACAAGUUGAAACCUUAUAUCAGUUUUUUGAAUCAAUGUCGCCCUCUGUCAGCCAGCAUGGGUAAUGCAAUCAAAUACAUCAAGAAAGAGAUCUCCAAUAUUCCUAGUCAAUGCAAAGAAGAAGAGGCAAAGAGCAAACUGCUGAGCUGUAUCGAGUGCUACAUUAAUGAGAAAAUCAUCCUUGCUGCUAAAGCUAUUGCCAAGUACUCCAUAGAAAAGAUCAGUGAUGGAGAUGUCAUCCUAGUUUAUGGAUGCUCGUCGCUGGUCAACCACAUCUUGUGCGAGGCCUUUGAGAAGAAAAGGAAGUUCCGUGUGAUCGUGGUGGACAGCAGGCCCCGACUGGAGGGCCGGGAGGCCCUGAGGCGCCUUGUCCAGAGAGGCAUCAGCUGCACCUACGUCCUUAUCUCCGCCGUCUCCUACAUACUCCCAGAGGUAUCAAAGGUGUUCCUUGGUGCCCACGCGCUGCUGGCCAACGGUUACGUCAUGUCUCGCGUGGGGACGUCACAGAUAGCUCUGGUGGCCAAAGCCUUUAAUGUGCCUGUGCUGGUGUGUUGCGAGACCUACAAGUUUUGUGAGAGGGUGCAGACGGAUUCCUUCGUGUCCAAUGAACUAGAUGAUCCCGAUGAACUCAUUGUGACCCGUAAAGGGAAGACCCAGCUCGAGCACUGGCAGGAAGUGCCCUCGCUUGGCCUGCUCAACCUGGUGUACGACGUGACGCCGCCUGACUUCGUGGACUUGGUCAUCACAGAUCUGGGGAUGAUCCCGUGCACCUCGGUUCCUGUGGUGCUCAGAGUCAAAAACGUGGACCAGUGAACGACCUCCUGCUCUGUCGGUUUCUGAGUUUCUUUUGAUGGGAGAGUUUGACUGCUUGCACACAACACAAAAUAUCGUGCUUUGAGCAUGCAAUAAAUAUAUAUCUGAAAUGGCAAA